AUGGGUCUCAAGCAGUACGGUGUCAAGGUCUUCGCCCUCCAUGGCGACGAGGCUGCCAGCCGGCACGAGGUCGAAAUUGGCGUGCCAAGAGAUAUGGAGGAUCUGCAGUAUGGCAUCGCGCAAGAGUACACCAUUGUCAAGCCUGAGGGCAUUGCUUUCCAGACCGCUACCAAUGUCCCGCUCACCUCGAUAGAGGAAGUCCUCGCACAUGACGGCCCAAUCCUGAUCACCGUCGACGGCUGUUCAAUCAGGGAACCUCGAAGCGGGCCAGCUCUACCUAUAGUGGGCAACUAUUACGAGCUCUAUCCCGACCAUCUGGGCAACCAUCAGCGCAUGUUCAAGAAGUAUGGCCAUGUCAUCAAGACCAACUCGAUGGGCAGGAUCAACUACCUCACUGACGACCCCGAGAUCACUGAGAUUGCCUACAAGGAAAACCACGGUCUCUUCACGAAGAAGACAUCAGAUCCGAACCAUCCCCUCUAUGGCAUUCGAGACAACACGGCGCUGUUCACCUGCGACACCAAUACGCCGUCCUUCAAGCUCACCCAUAAAUUCAUCCCGCCGAGCAUGUCCCCCAAGGCAGUGCGCCAUUACACGCCCAUUAUGCAAGAGACGGUGGAAAAGUCGUUCGCUGUCUUUGACCAGCUCGAUAAAGCGGGUCUCGCUUUCAACGUGUACCAAUACAUGGUCAAGCUGUCAGGGCAGACGUUGUGUCGAUUCGUCCUAGGUAUCGACGCCCAUCAUUUCGACACUCCUGCCUCCAAGCUGCAUCCCAUCAUGGUACUACUGACGCAGAUCUUGGAGCUGAACAAGGCCGUUCAAACUCGGGGUGACUGGUAUUCGAUGCUACCAUUUGGCCCUCCCAAACAGCUCCAACACACCCGCCUCGAGAUCGCCUCGGUAGUCGACGACCUAAUCGCCACCUGCCCGCGCGGCGGCACCGAAGACCUCCCCCUCGACGAAGCAGCCCUCAACGCCAGCUGCCUAGUCGACUACCUGACGCGCGCCACCGACGACUCAGGCGCCAAACUCCCCUACGACCUCGUCCUGACCAACACGCUCUCCAUCCUCGGCGCCGGCUUCACCACCAUCUCCGCCCUCCUCUCCUGGCUCCUCUACUGCCUCACCCACUACCCGAACCAACAAAGCCGCCUCCUCCAAGAACUCAUCGACCACGACAUCACCCCCUCCACCACCCUAACCCCGGACAUCGUCAACCCCCUGCCCUUCCUCGACCACUUCAUCAAAGAAACCAUGCGCCUGCACUCCCCCGCCUUCCAAGCCGGCCGCAACACCACCAAACCCCUCAUCCUCCCUGGCGGCUUCAAGCUGCCCGCCAACGCAAUCCUCAUCCCCAACUUCCCCGCCAUCCACACCAACGCCGCCCACUGGUCCAACCCAUCGCGCUUCAACCCGGACCGUUGGGCCGACGCUGCUGACCAGCAAGACCAAGACGCGGCACAACCCGAGUCGUCGUCGGAGGAGGGAAAAGAGAAGCGCCACCGCGCCGCCUACCUCCCCUUCGCGAUGGGUCCCCGCGGCUGCAUCGGCUACAACUACGCGCUGCAGCAGAUCAAGGUGUUGCUCCCCAAACUGGUGCUGCGGUACCACUGGGAGGACGUCAGCACCGAGCCCGUCGAGUAUGACCCGGAGUUCCAGGUCAUUCGGCCGUUGAAUGUCUACGCUAGGGCCGUGAGACGGGAGGCCUGGCCGGAAAAAUCAUCGGGGUUGAAAGCGUGA